AUGGUUCCUGACCUCAUCAGUAGAGAGCAAGUCGAGGCCGUUGCGUGCUGUAUAGUCCGAGAAUAUCUUUUCCGCAAAUCGCAACAGAUAGCGGAUCUCCGCGACGUUCUCUCAGCCAUGGAGAAAGCGUUUCCGCGCAGCGCCCUCUGUUUCCAACAGCGUGAUCAGCUCAUCCGCGCGAUCUAUCUGGAGAAACCUUGCAGGGAAAACAAGGGCUCGGAAAUAUGCUACAAAACACUCCUCGAAAUAAUCGUCGCUGAUCGUUUGGAGAAACGACGGCUGAGGAAUCUCGUGAAGGACAUGGAUCGCUCAGGAAACAAUGUUCGUGCCCCGGAUCUGGAACACAAUGGUCCUCCGAGCCGCGCCAAGGAAGAAGAUAUCGGGCUUGAAAUCAGUCGCCGAAGUCCUGUAGGCAUUCCUGCGAAAGUAACAGCAUCGAUACUGGCACCGAGAGCCAAUCGCGACCGGAACAAGGCGUCCACGACAACACGGACGAAAAACAAGAGAAUUUUCGAUACCCCCGAGGAUGCUUCGUCAAGCGAAGGAGAUGAAGAAGACUCGCCGAAGGAAAAAGGCCAGGAGACUCGACUCAGACCCCAGAGCGCGCGCUUCAGACCCGAGCAAAUGAAGGACGGUCAAGCGAAGGAAAACGAGCUGCUCCGUCGAAAGUCUGCGUGGUCCAAUAUGAGCAGACCCACAACGGGGAAUUUUCACAGAAGUCAGUUUCCUUCUGCGGACAGUCCGAUCGCACCACUGAAGCCGAUGAGCUCAGCGCGCCUUUCACCAGGCGGCUUGGAGAGGCUUGCUUCGGCGACUUCAGCCUCAGCUCUGCUCGAACGAGCGGACGAUAUCAUCAAGAAGAAAGCAGCACAGAGAUCGGAACUCAAAAACGAAGACAUAUCUUUCGAAGAUCUCAGCAUGCAACCCGACGACCACGGAGCGGGAAACCGCUACGCGAACAAAGUCUUUGCGCAGAGAAAAAUUACUGUCAGCGAGAACGAACAACUGCAGGUGCUGCUCUUCGGCAGCGCAAACCGAUGUUUCGGUGACGAAUGGCUGCAGCAAAGCCUCGAGUUUGCUCGCGAAGACAGCGAUGUGCCCUACGGCUUGAAGCAGCUCAAGGGCGGCCCCUGCGGAGUCUUGGCCGUCACACAGGCGUACCUCUUGAAGCACCUACUCUGGCCCCGAGAACAUCUUGAAAACGCAGAUACACCGAAAAACUUGAGACCCUCCGAUCAGCAGCGUCGGAACGCCCUACUUCUCGCCAUCCAUGAGAUCAUCACUCGGACGAACGCAAUCGGUCCUUACAAAUAUGUUCUUGGUCGAGUAGCUCCUAAACAGAGGACCGCAUUCACUGCCCUCACGAUAUAUAAUCUACCGGACUCGGAUCAGCUCUUGGACUUCCUUACCCAGCAUCAAUCCGAAAUCUUCAGAGAAGGCGUCGUUCAACUCUUGAUAUCCGUGGUGCUCUCGAGAGGUGUCGACGCGGUGCGGAAAGACAUGGACCGACCCGAUCAUACACUCAUAGGGAGACACAACCAUACUUCACAGGAAACCGUCAACUUGAUGUUGUUCGGAUGCGCGGUAAGCAACUUGUUCGAUGGAGAGAAGGAUAUCGGGGGUACCCACCUGAAAGGUGUUCCGGAACGGAGCACCUGUGGUCUCCUCUCUCUCAUGGAGGUCUCGGGGAAUAUCGAGGUGGGAUCCUAUCUCAAAUCGCCGAAGUUCCCAAUUUGGGUAGUUUUAGCGGAGAAUCACUAUUAUGUACUAUUCGCUUCGACGAGCUCUGUGUUGAGCUCAACCAGAGCCUUCUCUUUGUUCGUUUACGAUGGCAUAGCGAACCAAGAGUCGAAUACCGUCGUGCGAGUCGAUCCGAGCCGUUCUCGGCCGAAAUCCUCCGACGACGCAACCGGAAACACCGUCGAGUCCUGUAUAAGGACCAAGUGGGAAAAUGCCUUUGUUGAAGACUACACACCGAAGUGA